AGCGGCGGGCUGGGGCCGGAAGCGUUACAACCACAGAGGCCGCCAGCCGCCUGCCGGGGGCCGCAGGAAGCGCCGGCGGGGCGGGCAGGCCGGCGGGCGGGCCCGGCGCGGGGGAACCUCCCCUCCCCGCGGACGCCGGCCCCGCCGCGCCGCGCCCAGCCGGGGCUGCGCCUGGCGACCCCUCUGCCCCGCCCGGCCCGGGGCGGGCCGGGGCCGGGGCCGGGGCCGGGGCCGCGCUGCCGGGCGGAGGUGAUGGGAGCAUGAGUGAAAAUGAGGGUGACCUCCAGCGAGAUGGGCCGGAGGCAGCCAAACCCUGUGGGGCCAUUUCGGACUUUUUCAUGAGGGAAGCUUCUCCGGGCUGCAACCAGGAAGCGUCCCAUCCGAGGCCAGACCUUCUCUCCCCAGAGACGGAGCCAGAGAAGACUUCUCGCUGUGGCUUUCGGAAGCGGAAGGAGACAGUGGUCCACCAGCGAGCAUUCAUGGGAGAGAAGCCCUACAUCUGCAUCGAGUGUGGGCAGAGCUUUAACCGCAGCUCCGACCUGAUCCGCCACCAGAGGAUCCACACUGGGGAGAAGCCGUACAUGUGCGCUGACUGCGGCAAAAGUUUCAGCCGACGCUCCCACCUCAUCCAGCACCAGCGCGUCCACACGGGCGAGCGGCCGUACCAAUGCAAGGACUGCGGGAAGAGCUUCAGCCAGAGCACCCACCUGGUGCAGCACCAGCGCAAUCACACUGGCGAGAGGCCUUAUGUCUGUGCCAAGUGUGGGAGGAACUUCUACCAGAACUCAGGCCUGCUCCGCCAUGCCAACUUUCACUCAGGCGAGAAGCCCUACAAAUGCCCCCAGUGCGGGAAGCGCUUCAGCGACAGCUCCAACCUCAUUGCCCACCAGCGGCUCCACACGGGUGAGAAGCCAUACAAGUGUGCCGACUGCAACAAGUGCUUCAGUGAGAGCUCUAAGCUGGUCAUCCACCGGCGUGUCCACACAGGUGAGAAGCCAUACUUGUGCCCUGACUGUGGAAAGAGUUUCAGCCAGCGCUCGCACCUUGUCCAGCACCGUCGCACCCACACUGGGGAGAAGCCCUACAAGUGUGCCGAGUGUGGGACCUGCUUCAGUGACAACUCUACCCUCAUCCGUCACCGUCGUACCCACACUGGGGAGAAACCUUUCAAGUGCUCCCACUGUGGGAAGAGCUUCAGUCGCAACUCCUACUUAGUCUCACACCAGCGGGUGCACGUAGCAUUCAUGGGAGAGAAGCCCUACAUCUGCAUCGAGUGUGGGCAGAGCUUUAACCGCAGCUCCGACCUGAUCCGCCACCAGAGGAUCCACACUGGGGAGAAGCCGUACAUGUGCGCUGACUGCGGCAAAAGUUUCAGCCGACGCUCCCACCUCAUCCAGCACCAGCGUCACACGGGCGAGCGGCCGUACCAAUGCAAGGACUGCGGGAAGAGCUUCAGCCAGAGCACCCACCUGGUGCAGCACCAGCGCAAUCACACUGGCGAGAGGCCUUAUGUCUGUGCCAAGUGUGGGAGGAACUUCUACCAGAACUCAGGCCUGCUCCGCCAUGCCAACUUUCACUCAGGCGAGAAGCCCUACAAAUGCCCCCAGUGCGGGAAGCGCUUCAGCGACAGCUCCAACCUCAUUGCCCACCAGCGGCUCCACACGGGUGAGAAGCCAUACAAGUGUGCCGACUGCAACAAGUGCUUCAGUGAGAGCUCUAAGCUGGUCAUCCACCGGCGUGUCCACACAGGUGAGAAGCCAUACUUGUGCCCUGACUGUGGAAAGAGUUUUCAGCCAGCGCUCGCACUUGUCCAGCACCGUCGCACCCACACUGGGGAGAAGCCCUACAAGUGUGCCGAGUGUGGGACCUGCUUCAGUGACAACUCUACCCUCAUCCGUCACCGUCGUACCCACACUGGGGAGAAACCUUUCAAGUGCUCCCACUGUGGGAAGAGCUUCAGUCGCAACUCCUACUUAGUCUCACACCAGCGGGUGCACGUGUGGUAGGCAGUGUCCAGUAGGUGUGGGUCUGGGGUCGAUUGAGGAUGCAGCUCCUGGUCCAGGCCUGUCUAAAAUGUGCCUAAGGGACAAGGGUGUGGCUAUACCAGGGUCCCUGCAUUACAGGCAGCUGGCCAGAGUAAUGCCUUUGGCCCAUGUCGCCCUUUUCAGUCAACUUCUCUUCCCAACGCACCUCAGGCAUGGACAAAAAGCAAGCAGUGGUUGCAGUAGGUAGUUCUGCAUCCCAAAGCCCUGUAAUCCUCUUUCCCUGGUACUAGAAUCGGAUGCCAUCUGCCACAUGGCCAAGGCGCAGAUGUUUUCUCCCACCUCCCUGUGAGGUGUCUGCCUGGGAGCCUGAGGAGAGAACGCACAGCAUCAGGUCACGCGUUGAGAAGCUGCCUUGGUCAUGCAACAUAUGAACAUGUGGUCGUGUCAGGGGCAAUAAUGAUGGCAGAUGGGGUCCUUAAGGGGCUUUAUUCCACACAGAGCUGAUACAUUGUGACCUAUGUAAUAUUGUACAGGUUUAUGGAAGCUCACCAUGCUUGUGGUCUAAGCCAGCUCUGUCUUUCAUGCGGCAGUCAGGAAGGUCAAAGCUAAGUAAGUCCUGCUGAGAAGCUGGAGACGCUGUGUUAUGCAUAUACAGCCGUGCGGGCCAACUUGAAAGCACAGGCAAAGACCACCCGAGUCUGUGAAGGAGCAUGUAGGCAUACCCUGAAACAGAGAAAGAAGGCAGGCCUGGAGAGGUUUUCUGAAAAUGCUGCUUGGAUUGUAGCAAAGAGGGAGCUGUGGGAUAGGGACAUGGCCUGUUCUAGAAUCUCAGAACCGGUGGGUAACUGAUGUAGAAAACUAUCAUACCUGGAGGCUUAAAAAAAAAAAUUAUACUUGCUGCUGCUAUGACUGGUACGCAAUUUGGCAGGUGUACGGAGGUUGCCUGUGCGUUUGUACUCGUAGUCUCCUAUUUCUGCAGAAUUUGGGUUCACAGAUAACGGUUCAAGUGGUCUGGUGUAAGCUGUAUCGCAAAAUGGUACAGAACAACAGUUACUAGGACUGACCUGAUUCCAUACCAGUAUUUCUCAAGUCCCAUUUUGACCAGUGCGUGUGUGUGUAAAUAACAUCUAUAUGUAUAUACUCACAUAUGUAUGAACUAGCUUUUAUACCAGUGUAUCAUCACAUUCACAAGUGAGUGAUCAUGUGUGCACACACCAUGGCAGUGGUCAAAAAUGGCCAGCUGUGUGAAACUACACCUUUAUCAGUACUUCUCAAAAUGCUAAGCAUACUGUAUAUACUAGCAUUUCUCAAUAAGAAGCUGGGGAAAUAGGUUUUGUACCAACACAGGUGAAUUUUCACAUCAGGACAUUCAGUUUUAACACUGAUUACUUUGUGUGUGUGUGUGUAUAAGGACCUGAAUUGAGUUGGGUUUAUUUAUAUAUCUAUAUAAAAAUGUGUGGCCCCUAUGGUUGCCGAGGAAUGACUUCUAAUGUCACUCAGUGUAGUGCUCUCCCCCUUGUUUUACACAGGUACGUAUCAGUGGCCGUUGUAGGACUCGUGGUUUUAACUACAAGGAAUUGCAGUGCAACACUUUACAUUGUUUAUAUUUUUGACUGUUUUGCUGCUGAUCAUGUUAGUGACAAUACCUGACUGGUUGUGUUUAUUCGGCGCUGCUGGAGCUUAGAAAAGAUUUCUGGUUUUGCAAUGUAGCUUACUAAUCCUGCAACUGGCUCCAUGGCUUCAGUAGGUCUCUGGGAACGGAAUGCAGACUGAAACCAGUGAAAGGACUGGAGCUGUGGUGGAGAAGAGAUGAAGGAAAUAAAGAUUCUAAGAAGAUCCAUGGAUUUGAGCAGCUGCUGGCCAGGGAUGCUUGUGAAGGGCUUGCCUCUACAGAACUGGCUACUCUCCAAGGGAUUGCAGGGAUCCCUUCUGCAAGCCCUAAGCCACUUCUUGACAUCCAACUGCUGAUAAAAUGUUACGUUCAUAUAGUUUAAUAAAAAGGAGCUGUAGGGGGAGCAUGGAAUUGUUUGCAGCUCCUAGAGGAACAAGGCACGUUAUGUGCAGCUGCUCAGGGAAGUAGAAGGAGCUUUCAGAAAUGGGGGUGGGCUUUGUUUACACAGGAACCAAAGCCUUCAUUUGCAAAUGCACAUUUUUGCUUUUAGCUUUGUGUUUAUUUGUUUUUUUGUUUUUUAUGAACAGCUUCAAACCAAUGACUUCUUGAUUUCUAUUCCAUUUCUGAAAGUGGUUUGGAAGUGUGACUAAUGGUCAUCUAGUUGGUUACAGAAGCAUCAGGAUUUUCAUUUGCUAGCAGACCUUCAGAAGGGAUGCUACACCUCUCAGUUGGUAGGCUCAUUUUUAACUGAAGUCAAAGGUUAUGCUGCAGUCCAGCUGUAAAACUGAUCAAUUUAUGUGGGUCCGACCCAUUCCAGUUUAAGUUUCCUAAAGGAAAUCUACAGCACUAAAACUGUCUGUUUGGCAGAGAAGCCCUGUUUGCCAGGGAAAGGCAUCUUGUGAAUGCAACUUUUCUUUUGGAAAUCUGAACGGAGUCACUGUAGCAGAUCAAUGAAAUUGAACCCAGGUCUGCACAAAGCUGAGCUCAAGUCGAAGGAAAACCCUCUCAUGUCGAGAUUCUGCUUUGAGAAGGCAGCUGCCCCUGAAUAUGCCUUCGCAGCAGUCCUCCGAGCAUUUCUUCUCCUUUUUACAGGCUUUGUGAAGUGCUGUGUAUACUUAACAGGGCUCUAUAAAUUAAAAGGGUUGUCAUGCAUUUAUUUCUAAGAUCUUUGUGAACUUAUUUUAAACUGUAUGCCAAAUCAAAGUGGCCUUAGGGUUCACAGCACAUUCCCGGUGCAGUAGUCUUAGCGGCUAGGAUUGGAUUGCUCACCAGUGUAAGCACAUUUCUGGAGUUCCUUUCCACAGCCACUGUUAGUUUUCCCUGUUCAGUGUCACUUGGCUGAAAUAAUUCACUUCCCCUAGCCUGUCAGCCCUUUGCUGUUUGUGAUCAUCUAGCUGGAGAGGAGAAUCUGGGCGCCAAACUUGUUUUGAUGUUACAGAAGUUACGGGGCAUGUUCCUCUUCUUCCAGGGAUUUAAUUGAUUUGUGGGCAGCACAAACUCACGAGCCAAAUUCAGAAGACAGAGGUAUGGGCAUGUGCAAAAAGUCAGGAACCAGAAGGUUUACUUUCACAGCGGCUAGUUCACUGGCUUCUCUACCAGCCGUCUCCUCCCUUAGCAUCAUAGUGGGAGACUACUGGAAAAAGAAAAAGGUAAUUAGCUUCUAUAAUUCCAGUGGACCAUCCCCAGCACACUCCAUCCCAGACCUGUGGUCACCAGCUGGUGCCCAGAUCCUCUUGCCAGCUGGGGGAGCUCUGUAGAAUACUGUAAAUUCCUGUUGUGCUAAUGGUGCUUAGAUACUACAGUGAGACUAUGGCACUUUAGAAAUACCUAAGAUAGACAAACGGAUGAAUGAUGUGUCUGAAAUAAAAUUUGUCACCCUCGUGUUCUUUGUUA